AUGGAUCGUCUCACCCAAUUCCCCGUCCUCGACGGCGACAAGGGCGCUGCCCGCGCUAUAGUUCACGAUGUGGAUACUGUGCAUUUUCCAAAUGAGCUCGCCGCCGUGUCUUGGGCCCUGUUGUUGAGUUCGUGCACUACCGAGCAAUCUCCGGUCUUUUUAUUCAACGAUGCACCUGUCCAGGCAGAUCUAUUUGCUCGCACUGUACAGCCUGUGACUCCCAGUACGACCAGAACGGACGAGACGUUGGCCCAGGAAGAUCCCAAGCGUGCUUUAAGCAACAAUUACACCGCUGUGGUCGUCGAAGAGUCAAUAUUCCCAGACCACCUUUCCAACGAAUCCUCUCCGACAUCUUCUUCUCCUUCUCCUUCUCCUCCUUCGUCAAUUACCUCCACCUUGUCCUCGACUGCCGCUCUGUCGUGGACUAUCAACCGCAAGACCCAAAUGAGCGUGCUCAAUUCCACCACAGGCAUGGAUGCGACGGCCUUGCAACGACUGAGCAGUCAGCUGAAACAGAUCGUGCAAGAGCAGGUCACCCAGUCUGGCAUGCGGGCAGAACUGCCUGCCACCGAGCUACCUGCCAUGUCGAUUUCCAACCCUUCUCCUGCGGUACUGCCAGGGCCGCAGCUUCUCCACGAGCUCGCCUUGAGCGGCUCCCACGACGCCAACAAUGCCAUCGAAUUCCUGGCUGCGGAUGGAAACACCCGGUGUUUGUCGUAUCACGCUUUGGACCAGCUGUCAUCAAGGCUAGCGGCAGAAAUUGUCCAAGCAUCCGCCGCAACUGGGAACGAUGGGCGGAGAUUAGUGGUUCCUGUGCUUCUUCCCCAAUCUCUCGAGCUGUACAUCGCCUGGCUGGGUAUUCUCAAAGCCGGCGGAGCAUUCUGUCCCCUAAACACCGACGCACCACCCGAUAGGAUAGAGUUUAUCCUGCAGGACGUUGCUGCAUCGGUGGUAGUAACACAAAACAGUCUGGCGGCUCGAGUGCCCCAGAGUGACACGUUGACAGCGAUCAAUGUGGAGGACGUUGUGAACCAGGUGGUCACGUCGGAUAUUUCCUCACCGGCGGUGACGGUGUCGCCGGCCGAUCUGGCCUAUGUGAUGUACACCUCUGGCUCGACCGGCCGCCCUAAAGGUGUGGGCAUUUCCCAUCUGGCUGCCACCCAAUCCUUGCUGGCGCAUAAUGACUUGAUACCCCAUUUCAAUCGAUUUUUGCAAUUUGCUUCGCCCACAUUUGACGUAGAGCAGAUGUUGCUGGACAUUUCCCGUGUCAUGACCGAAAUGCGAGUCGAUGCGGCCGAGUUGACUCCGACAGUAGCAGGAGAGCUUCUGCGCACGAGAGCCGCCGCGCCCUGUCUUCGCGUUCUUCUCACAAUUGGCGAGAUGCUCACCAAGCACGUUGUGGAAGAGUUCGGUCAGUCCGAGAGCUCAGACGGUAUUCUGCAUGGCAUGUAUGGACCGACGGAGGCUGCAAUUCAUUGUACCGCAGCUACGCACUUUAAUGCGAGCUCCGCCGUGAAUUUGAUCGGACAGCCGUUCAAAACUGUGUCUGCGUUCAUCAUGUCCCUAGAGUCAGACGAUAAAUCGGCUCCAUCCGAACUGCAGACUCUCCCGAUAGGCCAAAUCGGCGAGCUUGUGGUGGGUGGACCACAGCUUGCAGAUGGAUAUAUCAAUCGACCAGAGGAGAAUGCCAAGGCCUUUAUUGACCAUCCCAUCUACGGUAGGCUUUAUCGGACCGGCGACAAGGCGCGAAUGUCAGCCAAUGGUGACAUUGAGUGCUUUGGCCGAAUUUCCAGUGGCCAAGUCAAGCUUCGUGGUCAGCGGAUCGAGCUCGGUGAAAUCGAGAAUGUCAUCUGCAAAUCGGCUAGUGUGCGAAGUGCCGUGGUCAUUGUCAGCGGCGGCAGCCUGGCUGCGUAUGUCUUGCUCAACGACAAAGGUGCAACUGAUCGCGAACUGCGGGACACCUGUCGACAGUGGCUGCCUCGAUUUAUGGUUCCCGGAGAGUUCAUCAUUCUCGACCAAUUUCCUCAGCUACCUUCGGGCAAGAUUGAUCGCAAGGGUCUCGAAGCCGACUUUGUCCGUCGUCGGAAUGUUGCACAAUCUAUGGACCAGCAGGCAUUCCGGGAUGAGAUUGAGGAGACAAUUGCGUCUUGUGUUUCUGAUGUGCUCGGCAAAAAGGUUCCAGCCACCGACUCUUUGGUGUCUGCUGGCCUGGAUUCUCUGGCUGCUAUCCGGCUUGCCUCUCAUCUGUUGGAUGCAGGAAUCCGCCUUGAUGUGGCGCGCAUUCUAGAAUCAGAUUGCGUGGAUGGAAUCUGGCAUCUUGCGAAAGAACUGGAGGCGAGCGAGUCGACAGAAGACACGCAAACUGGCCUUGACAGAAUUCGUCAACUCGUCGCCGACGCUGGUGCAGCAAGGAUUGAGGCACUUGGCCUGACUGCGCAGACUAGCGAGAUUCAGCCGUGCAACCAUAUUCAGCAAGCGAUGAUUCUGGAAACCGCCCGUGACACCAAAGCCUACUCAAAUUGGAUCGAGCUGGAAUUUCAGCAGUCGGUCACAUCUUCUGCUGCCCACGGCUCUUUCGCCCAGAUUUUCCAUGACAAUGCCUUGUUGCGAUCAGGUUUUGUGGAAAUCGGUCUCAAAGACAAUUCCUACGCCAUGUUUACAUGGAAUGAGCUUGAUAACCGGAUGAUUCAAACCUCGGAGGUGUUUGACUACGAUGUCUCCUUGAUAUCGGAUCAUGAUCUGCUUUAUCCCGUGCGGGUACAGCUGAAGGAGAUGGAUGGUGGUGUCCGAGCCCUGGUACAUAUCCAUCAUGCCUUGUAUGAUGGGUGGUCCUGGCAGCUGAUCCUCAAAGAUCUGCAACGCAUUUUGGUUGGCGAGGAGAUUCCUCCAAAACCCGCAUACAAUGUGGUCACAGACUUCUUCAUUGAGUACAAGCUCAGUGAGUCUGCGAAUGAGUCCUCGCGCUUUUGGCGUGACCAGCUCCAAGGAUCCUCCGCUCUAUCGUUCCCGAGCUUUCAUAGCAAGACAAACGUCCCUUCAAGCACAAAGGAGGCUAGUCGAGUUUUGGAUGUCUCUCUGCCCAAGCUCAAUGAUCUUUCGCAAAGCUUGCGGGUCAGCCGACAGACCGUUUUCCAGGCUGCUUUUUGCUAUAUCCUUUCAACCUACCUUGGUUCGGAUGAUGUUAUUAUUGGUACUGUAUUUUCUGGUCGUACACUGCCAGUGAAGGGCAUAGAAUCGGUUCUUGGACCAUGCAUUCGAACGCUCCCAACACGCGUGAACCUUGACAAGAUGCAAAAUGUCACCGAUCUCAUGCUGGCGAUUCAGAACAUGAACCGAAAGUCCCUCGAGCAUGGAAGUCUGCCUCUUCAGGAUAUCAAGAAGGCAUCUGGAAUCGAUCCGCAGCGAAGUCUCUUUGAUACAGCCCUUGUGUGGCAGGAGAGCAUUUACUCUGACGAUCAGCACGCCUUGUUCAGUGAAGUCGGUGCUGCAGAGUUCCUCGAGUUCGCAUUCUUGCUGGAUUUCGAGCCAAGAGAGGACAACAUUCGAGCCAAAAUGACAUACCAAGAGUCAAUUUUACCUCAUGAGCAGGUACAAAUUCUCUUGGAGCAGAUUGACUCUGUUGCUUCUGUUCUCAUUGACAAUCCCACAUUAUCGAUCAACGAGAUUGCCUCUUCUCUGCCUUCUUCAAGACUAUCAGUUCUCAAUGCAGACUUUGAGACACGUACCGAUCUCCCAAGUCUUGUGUCGGGCGUCGAGUCACUUGCGUUGGUUGAUCCCACUCGAACAGCUAUUGAAAUCUUGCCACAAAGGGAAUAUAGUACCGAACUCAGACACGUUGAGUGCAUUUCUUACGGCCAGUUGCAAUAUCGGUCCACCCGGAUAGCCCACUAUCUCCUGCAAGUGGGAGUCAAGAACGGCGACUUGGUAGCAAUCUUCCUCGACAAGUCCAUGAACUCUUUCAUUUCCAUUCUCGCACUCGCCAAGAUUGGAGCUGGUCUUCUACCCUUGGCUCAUGAUUGCUCUUUGCAAUCCACGAAGUCUAUUCUCGCCUCUGCGAAGGCACGAUUCUGUAUCGUCAAUCCAUCGGCAUCCACCAUAACCAGCGAGCUGACCGCGCUGGAAACAAUCUCGCACAUUCUCCUUCCCGACUCUCUUGACAGCUUUGAAGAGACCGCUCCUCUCACAAAAAAUGACGGGUUCCAUAUUACUUGCUCGGAAACCCUGUCAUCCAGUAAUGGCCUGAUGGAUCACGCUACCUUUUCUUCCUACAAUCUGCAAAGCCAUCUUGAUGCCCUUGCGGAUUAUUAUCCUGCCUCGGUGGGAUCAAAGUUAAUGCAUACGUCGUCCCUUACAUCUAUUGGCUUUUUCGUCGAUUUGUUUUUCGCAUGGCAUGCAGGAAUAACUUUCUGUUCUGCAUUUGAUGAUUUGAAAGAGAGCAAUAUCCAGCAUAUCGUCAACUCGAUGAGCGUAACGCAUUUGCAUUUGACGCCUUCAUUGGCAUCGCAUUUGGCCCCUGAGGACGUGUCGACGGUCCGCCAUCUUCUCACCUCUGGUGAGCCGUUGAAGGCAAAGGUGCAUCGUGAUUGGGCUGGAAAGGGUAUUUCUCAAGGCUUCAGUUCAGAAGGACUGUCUGGUGUGGCUACCAUAUACACUAAUCUCGACGAGAAUGUUACCUGCUCGAGCAUUGGUGCACCAUUGAAGAACACUUCGGCUAUGAUCAUAGCAGAGAAGAUUAAAUUCGAAUUGCUUCCGCGCGGUGCGAUUGGAGAGAUCUGUUUCGGUGGAACUCAAGUUGGACAUGAUUCUCAUCCAGCCAGUGUGAGCGCAGGGUUUAUUGAUCACCCUAAGUUCGGUCCUCUGUACAGGACCGGUGUUAUAGGUAGGAUAUUUCCGGAUGGAGGUAUUUCUCUGCUCCCUCAUUUCAAGAUUUCUGGGGAAUAUGUUGCCGUUGACGAGAUUGAUCGCGCGCUUCUAUUGUCGGAGAUGGUUCAAGAUUCCACCACCGUUGUACUGAACAACCCUAUCACUAACCAACAGCAACUGGCGACUGUCUGGGUCCCUUCAAAGGCUGCCAAAAAUUCGGCAGUCUCAGGGGAGCUCGAAGACAUCGUCAGGGAUCUGUUCCAUGAACUUACCACAAAGCUCCCAACUUCCUCAGUCCCAUCUCUUCUUGUCCCGAUGGAUACGAUUCCCAUGUCCAAAUCCUACAUAAGAGACCACGCACGGAUUCAAGAAGAGAUUCAAAACAUGGGCCCAGAGAGACUUGCAGCUUUCUCACUUCAACUCACCGGUGAUGACUCUGAUGCUGCUCUGAAUGAAGUUGAGCAGCGCAUUGCCGGUGCGUUGUCCGCAGUGACUGGCGCCGAUCAACAGAGCAUUCACAAACACACGUCAUUCUACAAACUCGGUCUGGACUCUUUGUCUGCGAUUUCAUUGUCACGCAAGCUACAGGAAUCUGGCUUCGGCAGACUUCCAGUAUCGACCAUUCUCCAACGCAGCUCUGUUGCGCAGCUGGCGACAGUCACUACACUCCUGACAAAUGGACAUGUGUCUUAUCAACCCACCGAGCCAGAAGAGCCCAGCUCCGUGUUUGACGAACAAUUCCUUCGCGAAGUAAAUGACGAGUUCAAGGCUGGCAAUGCAUCUGUCCAUAGAGUCUACCCUUGCACGCCUCUGCAGGAAGCAAUGCUAGCAGCCAAAUCCGACGCCGACUCCGCAUACUUCAAUCAUUUACUUCUGCGCGUGAACACGAGCAUGGAUGCGUUGAAAUCGGCCUGGGAUCAGAUGCUACAAAGACAUGAUAUCCUCAGAACUUGCUUCAAGCCAACUACCGAUAAGCAGUUUGCUUAUGCACAAGUGGUACUGGACAGUGCAUCUUUGCCCUGGGAUGCCGUUGAAGUCUCUUCUCAAGGAAUUGAUUAUGAUGUUGAGAAGAGAAAGUUGGAGUUUGAAGUCCGAUCUCCUGUCGAUGGUACACUCCCGUACUCACUGACAGCAUACACAAAUCCUGCCAUUGGUGCGACUCAUCUAUUGCUGUCAAUUCAUCACGCACUGUAUGAUGGAGAAGGAAUUGCGCAGUUGUUGCAUGAACUUCAGACUUUGCUCGCUGGCCAAGGUCUGCCAGAAUCAACGUCAUUCCAUCGAUUCAUCGACUACAUGCUGUCUGUUAGCACUGAUACAUCCAACAAAUACUGGGACCGAUACUUGUCUGGUGUGUCGCCUAGCUUACUAUCCACCCCUGAACUCAAGGAGUCAGUGGAUCAGUCGGCUUCGCAACAAAUCCAAGUCAACCUGAAUGGAUCCUUUGCUUCAUUCAAACACCAGUGCCAAGAUCUUUCCGUGACCCCGUUGAACGUUUUCCAUGCAGCAUGGGCAAGACUUCUGUCUUUCUAUGCCGAUUCACCGGAUGUCUGUUUCGGUAAUGUCUACAGUUGUCGAACCAUUCCCCUCGAAGGAGCCGAUCGGAUCGUCGGCCCCUGCUUCAACACACUUCCGAUGAGAGUGAAAUUCUCCUCGACCUCAACCAAUGACGACAUUAUGAAGCUAUCCCAGAAGCACAAUAGCGAUAUCCUGCCCCAUCAACUCACUCCUUUGCGUCAGAUCCAGAAACGCGUGCUUAAUGGAGGGUCCAGACUUUUUGAUACACUGGUCAUCCUCCAAACUAGAGGUACUGAGCUCGAUCCGCAAUAUUGGGAGCUUCUUUCGGAUGAGGGCAACAUGGGAUUCCCUUUGAUUUGCGAAGUCAUUCCCGAUGAGCUACAUGACACCAUUCAGAUUUGCCUUCAUUUCCAGUCGUCGCAUUUGGAUCGUGCCGAUGCAGAACGACUUGCACAGGACUUUGUUGCUCUUGUUGAGCAUACGACUCAAUACCCUUCUUCGCAGGCUUCUGAUAAGAAGGCUAUCAGUGAGAAGACUCCGCAGGUGUUUGAGAGGAAGCCGCUGGUCAAUGGUACUCUUGGAGCUUCAACGAUCCCGCAGAAAGAUACUCGACCUUGGUCAUAUCAAGAAGAAGCGCUUCGCGACAUUCUAUGCCAAUUCUCUAAUGUUGAGCCGGAGGCUGUAUCUUUGCACACGACAAUCUUCCAACUUGGUCUGGAUAGUAUCAAUGCUGUUCAAAUCUCCGGGAAAAUGCGCAGACUCGGCUACAAGAUAUCGGCAGGUGAUAUUCUCGAGGCUGCUUCCAUUGAUAAAAUCGCCUUGCUUCUUGAUACUAGCGAGAAGAACGCCAAGGAAGAAGACUUCGACUUUUCUGCCUUUGAGAACCAACAUUUGCCAUCUGUCUGCAAGCAACUGGGAAUUUCAUCCGAAGAAGUGCAAUCCCUGCGACCCUGUACUCCAGUGCAGAAUGGAAUGCUUGCGCUCUUCGCUCAUUCCAGCGGCAGCAUGUACUUCAACCGGAUGGCUCUGAAGUCAACCGUGCCAUUAGACCGGGGUCUUCUCAAGGAAGCAUGGUCGACAGUGAUGUCUCAACAUGAGAUGCUGCGCACUGGCUUUAUUCAACUACACGAUCAGCAACACCCUUUUGCUAUGAUCACCUACCAGCCAGGCAUUGAGCUUCCUUGGUACGAAGUAUCGGAAUCUGCCGUGGAGAGCCCCAGUAUCCAGGAGAAGAGAAUUUUCGAAAACUUCCAUCGGCCUCCCUGGGAAGUCAUCGUUGAAUCUGCAGAUAAGAUCACCACGGUUCAUUUCUCGGCGCUUCAUGCCAUUUAUGAUGCCCAGUCCUUGGGAUCGCUUUUCUCGGACGUCAUGUCAGCAUAUGAAGGAAAGGCUCUCGCUCAGCCUUCUUCUAUCUCUGCAACUCUGGGACCUAUCCUAGUUGAAAGCCAGAAACAAAGAGAAACAUCGCAGGAAUUCUGGCAAGGACUAGCUCCCGAAGUUCACCCGACCAAGGUUCCAGACUUGAAUCCCAUCCGAACCGAGAAGAAAGAAUUGCUUGAAAGCUCCAUUCGUUGUUCAGAGUCCCUUGCUACCCUUGAGGAUUCCUGCAGGGAACUCGGUGUUACCCUGCAGGCUGCUGGACAAGUCGCGUGGGCGAGAUUGCUCUCGGCAUAUACCGGGGAGCAGAAUGUUGUUUUUGGAACUGUUCUCUCUGGUCGUAAUCUCUCCACGGCUGCCCAGGAUGCGAUUUUUCCGUGUCUGGUUACUGUGCCUUCCCCUCAUCAAAUCGGAGGAACAAAUCGCGAGCUGCUUGAACGCACGCUCAAGAGGAAUGCAAGCUUGGUGAAGCACCAGUUCACUCCGUUGGCGCAAAUUCAGCGAUGGCUUGGCAGCGAUGAGCCUCUCUUCGAUACACUUUUUGUGUAUCAGAAGUUCAGUUCAAAUUUGACGGAUACCCGCUCCUGGGAGGUUACUGAUGAAGAUACAAGGAUUGAUUACCCCAUGUCGAUCGAGCUGGUUCCACACUUGACGGAGCUUGAAAUUCGAAUCAGCUACCGGAGUGAUAUUGUCCCCGAAAACCAAGCCAAGAUUCUUCUAGAGCAGUACAACCAACUGCUGAAGCAGACUGUCUUCUCACCUGACACCAGUUCCGACGAUUAUCUUUCCCUUGGAAACCAGCUUCUGUCCGUCACACCUGCUAAGGAGAAAUCGAUCCCUACCUCAGUCUCUCUACUGCAUCAAUUUGUCGAAGAAAAUGCCCAAAGGGUUCCAGAAAAGCCUGCUCUCGAGUUCGCAUCUGGCACCAGCAUCGAUAACCUACACAGAAAAGUCUGGACCUAUUGCGAAUUCAAUGAGGAUGGCAAUCGUGUCGCACAUUUCCUGCAAGAAAAAGGCGUCACAACAGGCGCUAUGGUUGCUAUUUGCUUUGACAAGUGUCCAGAAGCCUCCAUUGCCAUAUUGGGUAUCCUGAAGGCUGGAUGUGCAUACGUUGCCAUCGACCCCUCGGCUCCUAUUUCUCGAAAGCAAUUUAUUUUGGGAGAUUCCAAUUCCAAGCUGUUGCUUUGCAACUCUGCGAGGAAGGCUGAUCUUAUGGAGCUCUCGGGUGUUGAUGUCCAGGUUCUUGAUGAGCCAGGGCUGUUUGGUCAUUAUUCCCCAGAGCAGCCCUCCCUUUCACGAGAGAUUCAACCUGAUGAUACAUGCUAUUGCUUGUAUACUUCUGGUACCACCGGAACACCGAAGGGCUGCGAGCUCACUCAUGACAAUGCAGUGCAGGCCAUGCUUGCGUUCCAGAGGCUCUUCUCCCCGCAUUGGGAUGAAGACUCGCGCUGGCUGCAGUUUGCCUCAUUCCACUUUGAUGUCAGUGUUCUUGAGCAAUACUGGAGCUGGAGCGUUGGUAUAUGUGUGACUUCAUGCCCUCGCGAUUUGCUCUUUGAAGAUUUGCCUGGGAUGAUUCAAAAGCUACAGAUUACACACAUCGAUUUGACUCCUAGUUUGGCUCGCUUGGUGCACCCUGAUGAAGUUCCUUCCCUGUGCCGAGGAGUGUUCAUCACCGGCGGAGAAGCUCUGAAGCAAGAAAUUCUCGAUGCUUGGGGCAAGCAUGGUGUCAUCUACAAUGGCUACGGUCCGACAGAAGUGACCAUCGGAUGCACGAUGCUUCCUCGGAUGCGUGCUAAUGAUAAACCCUCCAACAUUGGACCGCAAUUUGACAAUGUUGGAUCGUACGUUUUCCGCCCCAACUCUUCGACACCGGUUCUGCGUGGUGGUCUUGGUGAGCUCUGUGUAUCUGGACCCCUUGUUGGAAAAGGAUACUUGAAUCGCGCGGAACUUACGGAGGAGCGAUUCCAAACUCUGCCAGAAUGGGGAGAUCGCAUUUACCGAACCGGUGACUUGGUCCGAAUCCUGCACGAUGAUAGCUUCCAAUUCCUCGGUCGCAUCGAUGACCAGGUCAAGCUGCGAGGACAACGGCUUGAGAUUGGCGAAAUCAAUGAAGUCAUCAAGCAAUCUACAUCCGAGUUAAAUGAAGUGGCUACCCUGGUGAUCAAGCAUCCAAAGCAAUCAAAGGACCAGUUGGUAUCUUUCGUCACCAAGGUCGGCACAGACAAGAAGGCGAGCAAUGUGGAAGUUCGUUCAUCUGUCGAAGAUCGUGAAUUCUUGUCCACAAUCAAGUCUGCUUGCCAUACACAUAUGCCUGGGUACAUGGUGCCCACACACAUGGUCCCGAUGACUCGAUUCCCUCUUUCGGCAAACAAUAAAGCCGACAUGAAGGUUCUGAAGGCCAUCUAUCAAGACCUUUCUCUUGAAGACAUUCAGAAUUUGACCGCGAUGACUGUCGAUCAGACGGCCAAGAGCGCGCAAGAGGAGAAGAUCAUCUCGAUUCUGGCGACGUUCAUCGGGUCCAGCGAGUCAACAAUCUCGUCUUGGUCAAGUAUCUACGAGCUUGGACUUGACUCUAUCUCUGUUUUAUCGUUUGCGAGAAGUCUGAGAGAGGCUGGUUUCUCCCAAGCCCAGCCGUCCCUUAUCAUGAAGCACCCCACCGUUGCUGGAUUGGCGACGGCCUUGCAGGAAUCCAAGGCGCCCACUGUGUCUUAUAAAAAUCUUCAUAGACAUACAAAACAAGGCAUUGAAGCUUUUGCGCACCGAAAUUCUCACGCGAUCAUUGAGAGCAUUGGUGUGCUGGAGGGUGACGUCGAGCAGAUUGCCCCUUGCACACCCCUUCAAGAGGGUAUUAUAUAUCAUUUCCUAUCGAGCACCACGCCACUAUACUGCUCUUCUUUCACCUUCGAACUCCACGCUUCUGUCGACACGGAGAAGCUGCAAUCUGCUUGGCUCCAAGCGCAAACUCAAGUCCAAGUGCUCCGGGCUCGCUUCGCCCCAUCGCCAGACGGAUAUGCUCAGAUUGUGCUGAAGAAAAAUGCCCUCCCUUGGUUCCACAGGGAGGUAGAAUCAGACGAGGCUAUUGAAAGUUCCCGUCGACAGGAGCUGCAGCGAUGGAUUUCCGGGCUCGACAGUCUCAUGACCCAAUUGUGGGAAGUCGGACUGAUCGUUUCUCCCGAGAAGCGGGUGCUGUGUCUCAACAUUUUCCACGCUCUCUACGAUGGCAACAGUUUGAGGUUGCUACUCGAACUUGUGGCCCGCAUCUAUCUGAAUGAGAAGGCUUCUUCGAACCCACCCAAUUUCUUGGAUGUUCUUCAUCUAGGUCCUCUUUGCAAAGAUCCAUCCGAAAAAGAAUUCUGGAAAGAGCACCUUGCAAACUGCCAAAACAAGCCCCUACCCAAAUCAGACAGCGACAGCGACAGUACAAUCGUCCAGAAGAUUGAGAUUACAUCAACAGAGUCUCUUGAUCAUCUGAGAAGGUCUCUCAAUAUCACCGAGCAAGCAAUUCUCCACGCCUGUUGGCUUUUGACGCUUCACCGACAAUACUCAUUCGUGCCACCUCUGGGUAUCAUUGCCUCCGGUCGAACGAUUGAUGUGCCGGGCAUCGCUGAUGUCAUUGGUCCCCUGUUCAACACCAUUCCAAGCAAUGUGCAGCUGCAUGGCCUCAAAUCUUGGUUGGAAGUCGCAAAGAGAUGCCACGAAUACCACGCCUCAACCAUCCCAUUCCAAUAUACAGCCUUGAGAGAUAUUGUGAAAUGGCUUGGUAAAAAUCCCGACGAACGUCUCUUUGAGUCUCUCUUUGUUUUCCAGAGAGAUAAUGGGAAUGGCGAGUCACCGACCAGCAAGAUCUGGACCACUCUGGACUCCGAAGCUCAGCACGAGUAUCCAUUGGCAUUCGAAGUUGCUCGGAAUGGAAACGAGUCUCUGACAAUCACGCUGGCUGCAAAGACAAGUGUUUUGUCUUCGAACGCAGCGCAGGAAAUCCUCUCCCAAUUCCAGGAUGUCUUGUCUGAUUUCGCUCAGAACCCGGAGAAAGAGCUGCCUUACAUGAAUGGCAUAAUAGAAGAGACUCCUGUGCAGACCAACGACGUCACUGUCGAACAAGUAGAGUCUGCUCCUGUUGCCGAAAUAAAUGGAGACUCGCAUUUCAAUUGGACCCCCCAGGCCUGCACAAUUCGCGACAUCAUUGCGACUCUGGCAGGAGUGGAUGUGCAGUCUAUUUCUGCAGAGACUUCGAUCUUCGAGGUUGGACUUGACAGCAUCGACGCAAUCAAACUGUCAUCGCGACUAAGCAAAUCUGGUAUCAAACUCCCGGUUAGUGCCAUCAUGCGCCACCGCAAUGUGAAGGCCAUGACUGCACAAUUGGUGGUCGAAAAGCCCGUGGAGCAAAAUGGAACAUACCCUCUUCUUGGUCAAAUGGAAAAAGCCCUCACAGAGUUCCUUGAACGGGAGAAUCUUGUUCCCCAAGGUGCUUGUCAAAUUCUUCCAGCGACGCCAAUCCAGGAAGCUAUGAUGGCAGAGAUGUCUUCUUCGGAGUUGCAUCAUUACUACAAUCACGAAAUUCUACAGCUCGAGCCUAAUGUGGAUCUUCAGCGACUGCAGGAAGCAUGGAGAGCAGUCGUCAAAUCACACCCAAUUCUUCGUACUUCUUUCGUUGAAGUCUGGGAUCCCAAGAUUUCCGCUUCUUACGCCCAAGUCGUUCACAGUGAGGAUACAUUUGACUUCCAGUCUGUGGAGCUGCGUGGAAAGAACGUGGAAUCAAUCAUCGAGACUCAGCGCUUGAGAGCUAUCACUCAGCUCGGAAAGUCCCCACUUCUUACUCUGACCACAGCUAUCGAUGGCGAAAAUCGUUACUUGAUCCUAUCAAUUGCACACGCGCUCUACGAUGGCUGGUCGAUCAAUCUGCUUCACGAGGAUGUUUCCCGGUCCUACCGUGGUGAAGAUUGCGCUCGUCCGCGUUCCGAUUCUAUUUUGGAACAAAUUCUUGAAUCAUCCGGUGAUCGCUCGCUCAAAUUCUGGAGAGCGACACUCUCCAAUUGUUCACCGGUGUCAUUCCCUCCUGGCAAUCACGCUGAAGAGGGAUCAAAUGCGGUCCAUCGCGCAGAGAAACAACUUCCAGUCUCAGUUGAGAAGGCAGAGGCGUUUUGCAGACGCAACGGCAUUACUAUGCAGGCUCUGCUUGUCAGCUGCUGGUCGCUUGUUCUGGCCACCCAUGUCAAGAAGCUGGAUGUCAUUUUCGGUCUUGUUCUCUCCGGUCGCAAUGUUGCAGACUCCGAGAAUGUGAUGUUCCCCACAAUGAACACUGUCGCAAUGCGUGUCAUUUUGCAUGGCACUCGUCUGGAAUUGGUCAAAUAUGUCCAGGAGACCCUGCUCGAAAUGUCGGAGCACCAGCACUUCCCGCUGCGACGAGCAAGACCGAACACGCGAUCGCAACAACUUUUCGACACGUUGUUUAUUUACCAGAAGAGACCAUCUGACAGCCGAAGUACAGGGCCAGUUCUGUACAAAUCUACCGGUGGAGCAUCCGAUGUUGAGUAUCCGGUUUGUGUGGAGGUUGAGGGUGUUGAGAAUGACCUUGUUGGUCGGGUGGCUUGUCGGGGAAGUGUUUUGGGAGAGGAGGAUACUUUCGUUUUGUUGGAGCACUUGGGGGAGGUGUUGCCGUUGGUGAUUGAUGAAGAACUUCAGCAAACAGUCGAAUUUGCUGGGGAAAACCUGAAAAUCUGUGGACACUCGGUUGUCCAAGAUAUCCCCGAGGAGGGCGCCCAGAAUGAUGUGCCUCAGAUGAAUGGGGUGAAUGGCCACACAGAGUGGUCACCUAUCGAGUCCACAAUUCGCAACGUUCUCUCGGUCGUUUCCGGGGUGCCAGAGGACUCGAUCCACAAGACGGACAAUAUCUUCCAACUCGGAUUGGAUAGUAUCAGUGCGAUCAAGGUGGCCGCGCUCCUCAAGAAACAGACGGUCAGACUUGCGGUCAGCGACAUGCUCAGAGAGGGCACAAUCGAAAAGAUGGCGCGAGCAGCAAACAACAGCCAGGCAGAACUCACUCGAAAGCAGAUUGCCAAUGCCUUGGAUGAAUCGUUGCAUGGAAUCGACGUUAUCUCUCUGGCUCAGUCUUACGGCAUCGCUCCCGAAAACAUCCAGAGAGCUCUACCUGCAACUGCAGGGCAAUCGUAUUUCCUUGCAAUGCACGCUUUGAACCCAGAAGUGUUCUAUCCCUCAUUUUACUAUAUGGCAUCGGACUCACUGGAUCGACACGCUCUUGAAAAUGCAUGGACCCGCCUUGCAGAGCAAACACCCAUGCUUCGAACGGCUUUUAUGCAGACCAGCGACCGCAAAACUCGGCCAUUUGUUCAAGUUAUACUCAAGUCGACCGAAAAUUCUGUUUUCUGGUAUGAGGAUCUCCAUAGGCUGCAUUCUGCACCGCAGACUGAGCGAGGCUUUGGUUCGAUUCCAGCCACGCUGCAUGCUUGUCAGACAACCGAGGGCACAGCAAUCAUCCUGCACAUACACCACGCACUCUAUGACGCCGUCAGUCUUCCAUCCAUCAUAGAUCGACUAUCCGAGCUUUGCAUAGACGCCCAGUCUGAAUCGAGAUCCGUUUCUGGAGAUCUCUCAGAUCUCGUGGCACUGCAGCACCUCCAUUCGCCAGUGGAUGUUCGGCGGCAAUUCUGGCAAAGAUACCUGGGCCAAAUCUCAAUUCCCGAAGUCGAAGACAAACAAUUGGAUGGUUUCGGAACGAUCCAGCACUUCUACCGGCCUGGGCUGGUGCCAAACAUGUCUCGCGUCGAAGUAGCCGCUAAGCGCCUGGGCCUCAGUGUCCAGUCAAUUUUUUUGGCCGUUUAUGCUCGGGUGCAUGCCCAGGUCUUUGCUACAGGGAGUGUUGACAACGAGAAUACCCCACUCGUGGUUGGAUUAUACCUUGCCAAUCGGUCGCAUGCUAUGGAAGGAUUGUCUGAGCUGAUGGCACCGACUGUCAAUAUUGUGCCAUUGCGUCUUGAUGUGAACGUGGAUAACGGACCUGACUCACUCUUUCUCAUCGCUCGGAAGAUCCAGGAUGACAUCAACGAGAUCAGCCGCAUAGAACAUGCUAGUGUCUCUCUUAUGGAAAUUGCCGAAUGGACCGGAGUACGCAUUAGUACCUGUGUCAACUUCCUGCGGCUCCCAGAGCUGGCGGAGUCCGAGCCCCUCAGCAACGGGUCGAAUGGAGACCGGGUGAAAUUCAAGUCGAUACAGCGCUCCGGUCUGGCCGAUCUGGCCGAUCUGGAAAAAUCCAAUUCUGACCAGCCCAAUGGGUCUCAAACCAACGGUGACACCGCAGCGGCGCCCGGUCCGGCCCAGAUGAUGGCUCCAUCGGCGUCCACGGCGGUUAAUCAAGACAUCUUCAUGGUGAGUGACGUAUUCCGAAUGUCCACCGACGGCGGCAAGCGGGCACUAAUGCAAUUUUUACAUGUUCAACAGCCUACGAUCGAUGUGGAAGCCGCUGUUCGCGAGGGCCACUUGGACUUUGGUCUUUUCGCCCCCAAUGCCCGACUGGGGCGCCACGAUGCUGAAAGGGCCAUUGAAAGGAUGCGCCAGGAGAUGGUAUCCUUGACGGAAUCUGGACUUUCAUAG